AUGAGUAACUAUAAACCAACUUGUACACCAAUUGAAGCAAAACAUUGUAUUGAGGCUUCAACGGAGAGCGAUCAAGUGGAUGAAUCUUACCAAUGGCUAGUGACAAAAUUAAUUUAUCUAUCCCAUACUAGACUGGAUAUUGCUUACUCAAUUGGAGUGCUAAGCCAAUAUAUGCAUGACCCUAUGGAGGUGCAUCAUGAAGCUGCUCAAUGAGUUCUAGCUUAUACUAGAUAUUUUUGUCUCAUUGGAGGAAAUUUGGUUACUUGGCAAAGCCAAAAACAGAAAGUUGUGGCUCGAUCAAGUGCUGAAGCGGAAUUUAGGGCUAUGGCCCUUGGGAUUUGUGAAGUCAUUUGGAUAAAGAGUAUGCUAAAUGACUUAUAAAUACACAUGGGAGAUUUAAUUACCUUGUUCUGUGACAAUCAAUCUACAAUAAGUAUUGCACAUGAUCUAAUUCAACAUAACAAGACCAGACACAUUGAAGUAGACAGACAUUUUAUUAGAGAGAAACUUGAAUUAGGGAUGGUUUGCACAAAGUAUGCCUAAUCUACAAAUCAGUUGGCUGAUAUAUUAACUAAGGGCAUUUCUGCAUCAGAGUUCUGCAAUCAAAGGAGUAAAUUGGGCAUGAACAAUAUCCAUACACCAACUUGA